GCUGCCUUGGAUUGAGAUCGCCCACGAAGGUGGGAUUGGAGAAUUGGUUCCGCGGAAGCAAAUCUUGUACCAACACUUGCAAAUCUGAAGAUCCACGAGUGUCACGCUGGAACAGGCGCCCACCAGGCAUUUGGCACUAACUCAGCCCUGUCGGGAUUGCGAAUUCGGGGUUCUAGAAUCUAUACUCAAGCUAGACUAAUGUCUGCCCCAAUUUUUUUUUUCGCUUUCCUUCCAUUGAACCUCCGCUGCUAUUUUAACCUCAAAUGCCUUCACGCAGGACAAACGACAUUCCUUUUCCCUCAUUUUCGCUCGUGAUAAGCCAGUAUUCGAUGAGCAACAUGAGAUUGCCGAGCUACAGGACAUCUUAUUUACUCCGGUUCCACCCUUACCCGAGAGUCAAACCAAGCCAGCGUGAGAUCAUGCACGCUGUAAAUGAUCAUCCCAGCAGCCUGUAUGACAUUGUUGAAGACGAUGACAGUGCUGGACCGGUGAUUCUCGAUGUCCCCGACCUCGCUGAAGAGCAACAUCCCGAUGCUGUGAACCUGCAGGAAGCCGUCGAAGUUGCCGAGAAUGACGCCCAACCUCACGUCAGGCCUCAAAGCUUCGCGACUCUAAUCGUCGAUUUCGCAAUCCUAGUUGCAAGGAAGCUAUCUUUGAAAACCCCAUAGUUUGUCAUAACUGGACGAUCUACUAAUCCCACAGCUCAUACUGUUGGCUUUCGUUCAACCUGUGUCUCGCUCUUGCUUCCAUUGUACCAUACGAUCGGUCCUUAAACCACAGGAAUCUACCUUACAUAAAUCAGUAUCUCCUUCGCUUUCUAUGCUAUCAUGUUACCUACACGAAUAUCUGUGCUAUAUACCAUACCAUCAAUACAUCUAGUGGAAAGUUGAUUCCAAAGGCCUUGCAAACCUGUGUCGAUGA